GGCCGCCCGGCCUUCCCGCCCGGCCGCGCCUCCGGCGGCUACGGCGUGACACAAAGCUCGUCGGAGUGCCGGGGCACCGAGUCCUUCCCCAAGCUGGCCCCGCCAUCGGCCGUGUCGCGGUCGCCCACGGCUCACCCGGCCGCCAGCGGCGCCCCCGGCUACUCCCCGUACGGCAGCUACGGCAGCGCCGGGCAGAGCGUGGCGCCCGCCAGUGUGUUCCCGGCAGGAAAGCAGUACCCGUCAGCACAGGACUGCCCCAACAGCAAGGACUGCAGCUUCGCCUACGGCAGCGGCAGCAGCCUCCCGUCCUCGCCCAGCAGUGCCCACAGUGCCGGCUACGCGCCACCAACAGCUGGUCCCAGUUUGCCGCUGGGAAAAGCCGCCUUCUUCAACAGUGCCGAGCAGGGGGGGCAGUUCUCCAGCGCCGCGCACACCCCCCUGCGCUGCGACAGCCGGGCCAGCACCGUCUCGCCCGGCGGCUACAUGGUGCCCAAGGGCUCGGCAUCCUUCCAGCCCUCGCCUGAAAACUGCCGGCAGUUCCCCAGCGCUGCGCCGUGGGCCUUCCGGCAAGGCUAUGGUGGCUUGGAUUGGAGCUCGGAAGCCUUCAGCCAGCUCUACAACCCGGGCUUCGAGUGCCACCUCAAUGAACCCAAUGUCAUCCUGGACAUCUCCAACUACACCCCGCAGAAAGCCAAGCAGCAGACGGUCUCCGAGACCUUCUCCGAGUCCUCCUCUGACAGCACCCAGUUCAACCAGCCGGCUGGUUACCGGCGCGCCAACAGCGAGGCGUCCUCCAGCGAGGGCCAGUCCAGCCUCUCCAGCCUGGAGAAGCUGAUGAUGGACUGGAACGAGGCAUCCUCUGCCCCUGGCUACAACUGGAACCAGAGUGUCCUCUUCCAGAGUAACUCUAAGCCCGGUCGAGGCCGACGGAAGAAGGUGGAUAUGUUCGACACCUCCCACCUGAGUUUCUCCUCCUCUUCCUCUUCUUCCUCUGUGUACCCCGCCAAGAGGAACACGGGACCCCGGCAGCCCCGGGGUUCCCGAGGGGCUUGUGCCUCCAAGAAGGAGAGGGGGACGGGCAAAGCCAAGUUCCCCACCAAGUCACAGGCGGUGAACCCCCUCUUCCAGGAGAGCACGGACCUGGGCUUGGACUACUACAGCGGGGACAGCAGCAUGUCCCCCCUGCCCUCCCAGUCCCGGGGCUUCGGGGUGGGGGAGCGGGACCCCUGCGACUACACCGGCCCCUACUCCAUGAACCCCUCCACCCCCUCAGACGGGACCUUCGUCCAGGGGUUCCAGAGCGACUCCCCUGGUUUGGGGCAGCCGGAUUUGGAAAGCAAGCACUUCCCUGCCCUCCCACACCAGCUGGCAGCCCCCGGCCAGCAGACUGUGUUUGAGGCCGGUUUGCAGAAAGCCUUCUCGCCCAACUGCUCCCCGACCUUGGCCUUCAAGGAGGACCUCCGGGCGGGCAGCAUCCGAAAGCUGCCCACCUGCGACUCGCUCAAACACAGCAUGCAGGGGGGGGCCCUGCCGCACGCCCCGCACCUGGCUUGCCGCGACCUCCCCAUGCCUCAACCGCACUACGACUCCCCCAGCUGCAAAAAUCCCCCGUACUGGUAUUCCCCCAACGCCAGCACGCGCAGCCCUUCCUACGACGGCAAGGCGGGCACCGGGAUGCUGGUAGACUUCAUGGGCAGGACAGACCCCCCGUGUCUGAACCCCCACUUGAGCAGCCCGAGCGGCACCCACCCCUCCAAGGGCGAGAAGGAGCCCUUGGAGAUGUCCCGGGCUCACCACCGAGGACCCUAUGCUUGUCCCUUGAUCAAUGACUUGAACAUCUCCCCCGUACCGAGAGACUCAAUGUUGCAGCUGCAGGACAACUACAGGUACCCCAGUUUUGCACCCCAAGGUCACCCCGUCAUGGCCCCCAGCCAGAAGAGCGGGUUUUUGGGACCCAUGGUAGAGCAACAACACCCCGAGGACACUUUUACGGUCACCUCAUUGUAGUGUCUGCUGAUGUGCCAACCGGACAACGAGGUUUUGUUACAGGAGGUAAUUUAGCCAGCACUUUUUUCUGGAACACUUUUCAAGUUCUGUAUUUAACUGGGAUUGGAACUGUUUGUUUGUUUUCUAAA